AUGGGCCCCUGUACCGCCUCCUCAUGCUGCUGCCAGGCCCGUAAUCUGCCAUGGGCCCCCGUACCGACUCCUCAUGCUGCUGCCAGGCCCGUAAUCUGUCAUGGGCCCCUGUACCACCUCCUCAUGCUGCUGCCAGGUCCAGAGUGUCUCAUGGGUCCCUGUACGGCCUCCCAUUGCUGCUGUCUCCAUCGCCACACUGUGCCAUGUGCCACUUUCAGGUCUCCUCACACUGCUGGUGGGUUCCAUUUUGUCAUAGGGUGCUGGCAGAUUACGGGCCUCCCAUUGCUGCUGCCAGGCCCGUAAUCUGCCAUGGGCCCCUGUACCGCCUCCUCAUGCUGCUGCCAGGCCCGUAAUCUGUCAUGGGUCCCUGUACGGCCUCCUAUUGCUGCUGUCUCCAUCGCCACACUCUGCCAUGUGCCACUUUCAGGUCUCCUCACACUGCUGGUGGGUUCCAUUUUGUCAUAGGGUGCUGUA